AUGGAAGGGGUCGACGACACAAACCCGAUGUUGACACUAGAAGAAGGCGAAAACAACCCCUUUUCUUCCUUUGACGACAAAACAUUAAUGAUGAUGGAUCCUUCCUUGAUGUUUUCCAGCGAUAUGGGGCCAUCUUCUUCUUGUUCUCCGGCCACUUUUCAUAUAUCUGCUCAGCUAGAUAAUUUUCAAAGUGGUGGAGGAGAAGAUAGGGUGGACAUGGGAGGAUUAAGUGAUCAUAAUAAGAACAAUAAAGGGAAAGAGAAGAGAUCUUCGGCGGUGCAGAGGAUUGCGUUUCAUACUAGGAGUGAUGAUGAUGUUCUUGAUGAUGGUUAUCGGUGGCGAAAAUACGGUCAGAAAUCUGUCAAAAACAAUGAUAAUCCCAGGAGCUAUUACAGAUGCACAUACCAUACAUGCAACGUGAAGAAACAAGUGCAAAGAUUAUCAAAAGAUCCAAAAGUCGUUGUAACAACCUACGAAGGUGUUCAUAAUCAUCCUUGUGAGAAGCUCAUGGAGACUCUUAGUCCUCUCCUUCGGCAACUUCAAUUCCUCACCAGGGUUUCUGAGCUGUGACUAAAUGUUAAUAACUCAUGUAAUUAAAGCAUAUUAUUCAUGGUUUAAUCAUUCUAUGUCUGCCAAGAGAUCAAACAGCAAAAUCUAUCUUUCACUUAAGGAAACUCAAAAAAAAAGAGGCUACUGUCAAAAUGUAAUGCAUGAAUCAUCUUAUGCUAAA